GAGUCCGUUAUUUGGAGCUCUCUAUCUCUGCCUCACUAACUCACCACUAUCUCACUCAAUUCUCACACUCACUCACGACUCGUUCUUGUCAAUUUUCGUUCCUUGAAGACUCACCACGAAGAGCUUUUAAAUGAAAGAUUUGGAGAGAGAAAGGUUAGGAGAAGAAGGAUUGCAAACAGGCCCUCUGCUUCCCCAAGAAGCCUCUGCCCUUGGCAGUCAUGGCAGCUCCUUCAUGCCUUCGAGUGAUCCUGCAGUCACGCCACUUGUCGUUUUUAGCACUCUCAUUGCCGUUAGCGGCUCUUUCGUUACUGGGUGUGCUGACGGUUUUUCUUCACCAGCCGAGUCAGGCAUAAUGGAGGAUUUAGGCCUCUCCACAGCAGCGUAUUCGCUUUUCGGUUCAUUAGUAACUGUUGGAGGCCUAAUAGCAGCUCUGGUAAAUGGAAUGGUAACAGAUUUGAUUGGGCGUAGACGAGCAAUGUGGCUUUCUCAAAUAUUUUGCGCUGCAGGAUGGCUUUCUAUAGCAUAUGCCAAGAAUGCUUGGUGGCUGGAUAUUGGGAGACUGCUAAAUGGGCUUGGCAUUGGGAUUACAUGUUACGUGGUACCAGUGUACAUUGCAGAGAUAACACCUAGAAGUGUCCGGGGAGCAUUCACAACAAUGAAUCAGUUCAUGUUAUGCUGUGGCUUUUCCAUGAUUUACUUUCUCGGAACCAUCGUUUCCUGGCGCAUCUUGGCUCUGAUCAGUGUUAUUCCUUCUGUCAUACAAAUUGCGGGUUUGUUCUUUGUUCCAGAGUCUCCUAGAUGGCUGGUAAGAGUCCACCGAGAGGAGGAUUUUGAAGUCACAUUACAGAGACUCAGAGGCAAAGGUGUCAAUAUUACUCAGGAAGCAGCCGAUAUCAGAGACUACACAGAGACCUUUGAACGACAGUCCCAGUCUAGAAUUCUUGAUUUGUUCCAAAGACGAUAUGCUCGUCCACUUAUGAUAGCAGUUGGGCUGAUGAUGCUUCAACAAUUUAGUGGGAGCAAUGCAUUUGCCUACUAUACAGGCUCCAUAUUUGAAUCAGCUGGCAUCUCAAGUAGCUUUGGUACCAGAAGCAUAGCAAUUAUCGAGAUCCCAGCAACUGCUGUUAGUGUAAUCUUAACUGAUAAAGCCGGAAGACGACCACUUCUGAUGAUUUCUUCAGCCGUAAUGUCGUCCAGUUGCGUUCUUCUAGGAUUGUCAUUCGUUAUUCAGGAACUUAAUCAUUGGAAGGCAGUGACCCCAAUUCUGGCGUAUGUAGCACUAAUCGGGUAUUGCGUAGGCUACUCGCUUGGCAUGGGAGGGUUACCAUGGGUUAUCAUGUCUGAGAUAUUCCCUGUAAACAUUAAAGGGUCAGCCGGGAGCCUGGUGACAUUUGUGAAUUGGUCCUGUUCCUGGAUUGUGACUUACACUUUCAACUUCAUGUUUGAAUGGAGCCCACCCGGGACAUUUUUCAUAUUCGCGUGCAUAUGCGGUCUCACGGUCGUAUUCACCAUGAAGCUAGUGCCGGAGACCAAGGGACGAGCAUUGGAAGAACUGCAAGCAUCACUUGCCCAUUUUCUUUGAUGAGUAUGAGCCGCAGGUUGUUAAAACUUGAAUUGUUGUGAGAGCCAAACAGAAGCAGCAUUGACAGGAAGUUCCGUAGUAGGACAUUCCAUUAAUAACGUUAGACUCCACAGACCGAAUUGUACAUGGGGUAAUUUCAAGUUUAAGCAACUAAAUUUCUAU